AAAUAUAGAUGUACUUUGACGUUAGACGAGUUUACCGGAAAUCUGAUUACGUUUAAAAUUGGUUGGGUGACGUAUACUACUUAUAAUAUAUCUUUACAUAAUUUAAAGUUUAGUUGCUUAUUUUAGAUUUUUUCUUUUUUAAAGUUAAAAAUAUUUUUUAAAUGGGAUUAAGCUUAAAAAGUUUGAAAAACAUUCCUAGUAAACGUAUUUCUAAGCUUCUCAUAGCAAAUAGAGGAGAGAUAGCAUGCCGAAUUAUAAAAACAGCAAGACUUUUACAAAUUGAAACAGUUGCUGUGUACAGUGAUGCUGAUAAAAAUUCUAUGCAUGUGGCCAUGGCCGACCAUGCUGUCCAUGUUGGGCCAGCUCAAAGUUCACAAAGUUACUUACAUAAAGAUCAUAUUGUUAAUGCUGCUAUUAAAACUAAUUGUCAAGCUAUUCAUCCAGGUUAUGGUUUUUUAUCAGAAAAUGCUUCUUUUGCACAGUAUUGUCUUAAUAAUGAUCUCAUUUUUAUUGGCCCGCCACCAAGUGCUAUUGAAAGUAUGGGUAUUAAAAGCAAAUCAAAAGACAUAAUGUCUAAUGCUGGUGUGCCAAUUAUCACAGGAUACCAUGGCCAAGAACAAAGUUCUGAUUUUCUUCAAAACGAAGCAAACAAAAUUGGUUACCCUGUUAUGAUUAAAGCUAUUAAAGGUGGAGGAGGUAAGGGAAUGAAAAUUGUAUCCAAAGAAUCUGAAUUUUUUGAAAAUUUACUGUCAGCUAAAAGAGAAUCAUUAAGUUCUUUUGGUGAUGAUUCUGUGUUAAUUGAAAAAUAUAUACAGCAACCUAGACAUGUUGAAGUACAGGUUUUUGCUGACAAACAUGGUGAUUGUGUAUAUUUAUUUGAAAGAGAUUGUAGUAUACAAAGACGUCAUCAAAAAGUUUUAGAAGAAGCUCCAGCACCAGGUCUUAGUGAAAGCUUAAGAAAUCAUUUAGGUGAAACUGCUGUUUGUGCAGCAAAAGCAGUUGGUUAUGAAGGAGCUGGUACUGUUGAAUUUAUUUUUGAUAAUGCAACUAAUAUGUUUUAUUUUAUGGAAAUGAAUACAAGACUCCAAGUUGAGCACCCUGUUACUGAAAUGAUUACCGGAGUAGAUUUAGUUGAAUGGCAAAUUAAAGUUGCUGAGGGAGCUAAAUUACCUUUAAAACAAAAUCAAAUAAAAUUUAAUGGACAUUCAAUUCAAGCUCGUAUUUAUGCUGAAGAACCGUACAAUAAUUUUUUACCUGCAGCUGGAAAUUUGAAAUAUUUGAACUAUCCAAUUCCUACAAAUGAUGUUAGAGUAGAGACUGGUGUGAGACAAGGAGAUGAAGUCUCUGUGCAUUACGAUCCUAUGAUAGCAAAAUUAGUUGUUUGGAGUAAAAAUCGAAUAGAUGCUUUUUCUAAACUUAAAAGUAAUUUGUCUGAAUUUAAUAUUGCAGGGCUUUCAACUAAUAUCCAAUUUUUAAUUUCAUUAUGUAAUCACAAAGAAUUAUUAAAUGGAAAUGUACAUACAGGAUUUAUUGAAGAACACAAAAAUGUUCUUUUGGCAAGAGAAGUCCCCAAACCACAAUUAGUCUUACAAGUUAUUCUUGCUUUAAUAUUAAAAGAAGAAAAUGAAGUUAUUUGUAAAAAUAUAAAAAAAAAUGAUCCAUGUUCACCUUUUGCAACCUUAACAGGUUUUCGUGUUAAUCAUAAUUUAGUUAGAAGUAUCAAACUGAAACACUGUUUAAGCGGAGAAAUAUACGAAGCUUCAAUUCAAUAUGAAAAUGUUGGAUCAAAUGAUCCUAUAUUUAUAAUUAAUUUAAAAAAUAAAAAUAAUGAAGUCAAAUCAAUAAUUACUGGUAAUCUAGAUAUGUCACAAUUCAAUAAAAAUAAUUUAACUUGUGUAUUAGAUGAUAUAAUGUGUAAAUCUAAAGUUUCGUUUGUGGAUAAAUCAAUUUAUUUAUUUUAUGAGAAUGGAUAUGAAGAAUUUAUUUUAUUACUGCCCUUUAAUGAAGAUUAUAAUGAUAAUGGUCAACAAGAAAUUAAUAAUGAUUCAUCUAUUGUUGCUCCUACACAAGCUACGGUUCAAAAAGUUAGUGUUAAAUUAGGUGAUGCUGUUAAAAAGGGUGAUCAUAUUAUGGUAUUAUCAGCUAUGAAAAUGGAAUAUAUUGUUAAAGUACAAAUUGAUGGAAUUGUUGAAAAUAUUUUACAUAAAGAAGGAGAUAGCGUCAAAAAAGGAGAAAUUUUGGUGAAACUAAUGAAUUGAAUUUUUACAACAAUUAUUAUUUGUAUACCCUUAUUUUAUUUUUAAAUAACAGAAUUUUUCUAUGAUUGUCUACCAUUUAAAAAAAAUAAUUUUUGAAUAAAUCAUGAAGUUAAAAUAU